CUUUUAUUUGCACUUCCACUAUCAAGGCUUUUACUUUAUAUAUUUGUCAUUAAUAGUAAUUUUGUGGCAACUUGGAAGAUAGAAUUGGCUAAGGCUGAGCUAGACUAAAAAAAAAUUAUCCUCAAUUUUAGGAAUGGUUGCUGAAAAAUUAUAAGAUUGACAAAGUUUUUUAAAAAUAAGCAAGACAUUUGGUACGUGGAUGUCUCAAGUUACAGCAGAACCAACACAAUUGCUAUGAUUUUACUGCAGUGACUGCAUAAUUAAUGGUAUAAGUAGAUAGUUUUUGCAUGGGUAAAUUAAUACUCUUGAAUAGAUGCUGUGAAGAUUGGUGUAGUUGAUUGUGAGUUUGAAUUUUGUUGGGCCACAUUUAAAAUUUUGUUUGGUAAAAGGCUGAUGUAAGGUCUUAUGUCUUUUUUUCUUAUAAACAUACAAUGUUGGAAAGCAAGCCAUUUAUAAAAGGCAUCGCAAAUCAUUCCAUAUUUUUACCUCUCUGCAGUAACAUUACUAAACUUAGAGUCUUAAGAUAAGUUCUUUAGCUCAUUUAGGAAUUGGUCUAUUGAUUCACCAGUGUUUACAUGUAGAUAAAACAUGUCUGGCAAAUAUUUCAUUCUUUGGUUUUUAUAAAUAGAGUCAAUUUUUUUGUUACUUACCAAAGCUCAUGACACUCUGAAAUAUAUUCAUACAUAUCAAUAUGAAUAAUUAGAAGAUUAAGUUUUAUUUCAUUAAAGUUGUUUUGAACCAAUGAUUGUAUGUUAUUGCUGCAUCUGGUAAGUUGGGAUCUAUAUUAAGUCUAUCAGGUUUCAUGAAUCUUUUCAUUGUUUCUUUUAUUUCUUUGUGUUAAUUUUUAGCUCUUUUUAUUGAACGAAUAACCAAAUAUUAGGUUGGCUCAAAAGAACUAUAACGGUAGUGAAGUCUAUAUAAGAAAGAAAAGAUAGUAUAUAACACAAUAGUAUACAUAAUGAUAACAGCCCUCAGAAAAGAGUCAACAUUUUGCUAACAUUAACCUGAAAGUAUUUGAGGUUUAACAAGAAGAAAGAAGACCUUAUUAAUGGAGAGGACACCACAUAAAGAAAUUAAACAUUUCAACUGUUUAUGUGUAUCUAAAUAUGGUCUUGGAAUUUUUCCUGUUCUAUUUGGAGUCUGUGUUAUGUUAACUUUUAUCAUUACAUACACAAUUGCAGUAAGCGAUGGACAUAUAUAUCCUUUCUUCCCCACAAUCAGUGACACUGGAAGUCAGAAACCUGAAAGCAAUGUAUUUGGUUUACUUUUAAGCAUCUGCAGUUUUCUUGGAUUCAUUGUUGUUGUUAUACGCUUUAUUCAGUUUAACCAUGUUUUAGAAACUAAUGAAUUGAUUGUUUCCAGAGUUUUACUUAUAAACAAAAUAGCUCUCUUUUUUGGAGUUGUUGCUUGUUUUGGUGCAGUUGUAGUUGCAAAUUUCCAGGAUCGAGGAAAAUCUGCUGAAGCUCAUAUUGUAGGUGCUGCAUUUGUAUUUGGAGGUUGUGUGGUUUAUUGUUGUUUUCAGACAUAUCUCACCGCUUGUAUACUGGAAUGUGGAUUUAAUUCAAAAUGUCUUUAUUAUGUUAGAUUGAUUCUCUGUAUUUCAAGUGCUAUAUUAUUUAUACUUUUUGGCGUUUUUUUUUAUUUUUCAAACAAUGCCACAAGUAAUGGACCGAAACAUUUAACUAUUUGGAAGUCCACUGAUCCAGGUUAUAAAAUGCACAUUAUAAGUUCUUUAUCAGAAUGGUUUUGUGCUGUGUGUUUAAUAAUUUAUUUUAUAAGUUUCAGCAGAGAAUUCAAUGAAGUUAAAAUUGGAUUUACUAUAAAAAGAAAUGAGCUAGGCUAUCAAAGUAUUUCACAGUUUGUUUAACUUUAAAAACAUUU